CUUUCCUGUUGCUGGGGACCAGACUGCCAAAUCUGCCUCUCCUUGUUUGAUUUGUGCAGCUGAUAAAGCAGCCGCUGUGUACCACUUAUUUUCAGGCAGAUCAUCUAUUCCUUAAAUAAGGAAUAUUUCACCUGAAGUCCCAUGGUAACCCAGGGCCCAGAGUAUUGAGUUAGCCCUGCCUGAACAUGCAAUUCCUCCCCAAAAUGCAGGUGAGAGGGUGUCACUGGUGGGUGUGUCCUGUGGGAUGUCUCUGCAGCAGGGCUGGCUGCCAGCUCCUGCUCCAACAUCACAUUUCAGAGCUCAGCACUCACCUUCUCCAGUAAACUUGGGUUUGCCCUUUUAAUCAUCUUUUCCCACCCAAGGAUAUCAGGGUUUCACAGGAUCCAGCCUUGAGCACAGAUCAUCAGGCUGAGGGUAAAUAAAUGCCUGCACACGUGCAGGGGAGCUCCUGGGUGAGGGCACACAAGGAGUGGAGUUCAAGUCUCCAGGCACUCACGGCUCUGGGGUGAAGAGCAGAUGGAAAACCUUGGUGUGUGCAGCAGGUGAAAUGGAAAUUGUGCUGUAAAACGCCUGUAAAAUCAGCUCUUUGCUCGUUCCUGCCUCUGCCCUUUGCCAAGCCCAACAGAUCCCAGCUGCUGAGGAUGUCUCACCCCCUGCAAUGGCUCUGAAAAUCCAAGAAGUUGAUUUACUGUCCUGUCUCCCCUCACCAGCCCCUUCCAAGAUCAUCCCAGUGCCAAUUACAACCUCAGAGAUGUUGUUACCACAUUCUUGCUGUGUUUGGAAAAUAUUCCAACUGUUCUGCUGCCAUAAGCAAAUAUUUACUCUGAUGAAGGGCUUUUGAUGACAAACAUGUGUUCUCUUUGAUUCCUGUGUGUUUCAAGAUGAUUUUUUUCAAGUUCAGGACCAGAGUUUACAGACCAUGCUGGAGAAUUCUCGUUCCCUGUGUUUGCUGAGUGUCAGAGCUGCUGUCACCCUGCCAACAGCUCCCAGAGGGAGCCUUUAAAGGGCUGGAAUUCCACGAUGGAAAUUUGUCCUCUUUGCAGUUUCCCCAGCUCUGGGGCAGGGUUUUCCCUCUUGGUUUAGGACCUGUCAAGGUGAGGCCAGGCAGAGUUGCUGAGUGAGCUGUGGGCUCGGCAGCUGCGACGCAGGAACGUGAUCCCCACGGCGGUACCCGGGAGCAGCGUCCUUCAGGCUGGGAGAAGAAACGCAAUAAAAGAUAAAUGCCGAGGAAUCUGGGGACUAAAUUCCACCACAGUGAGAGCAGCAGGGCUCUGCUCUUCUUCCUACUUUGAGGCACGUUGCUUCCACGUGGAGGAGGCGAUGCUGCAGCCAGCCAGGAAACGCGUGCAUGACGCGUGAAAAAGAGGUGUUGCUCAAGAGAUGCCUUUUUUUUGAGCUGCCUGAUAAAAAUAGACAGACCAAUAAGCAGGAGGUUUGCUUCUAGUUCCUCUGGCUGCUGGGGACGCUUAUGAACUUUGCAUUUCUCUGAUAAGCUGGAGAGUUGUAGUGGAUAAUUAACCAGGUCCUGGGCUCUUAAAGCAAUCCCGUAAGGGAGGAGGGUAAUAGAGAGCAGCACGUGGGGCACCCCUUGCGUGAAGAGGGACAGCAACUCGAGUGCUUUGGAAGAGACUCUGUCACAGCCACAGCUCUGCCAGGAUGAGCUCUGAGGACUGCAGCAGUGCCUGAGCCAGCUGGUCCCUGCAAGAGCAUUUCCAUGCCCCGUGGCUGCCCUGACUGGAAGGACCUGUGCUCAGACCCGAGGUUCCCAGCCCAGCAUGAAGCUGAAGAGAGGGAAGCAGGAGAGCUCCGAGGGCAGCGAGGGUCCCAAGGGGAAGAUGACCCUUCCCCUGGCCCUGGUGGCUCUGAUUUCUGCCUUUGGAUCUUCCUUCCAGUACGGCUACAACGUGUCUGUGAUCAACUCUCCUGCCCCGUACAUGCAGGAGUUUUACAACAGAACCUACCUGGACAGGACUGGGGUGCCCAUGGAUGGCAGCUUCCAGACCCUGCUCUGGUCCCUCACUGUGUCCAUGUUCCCUCUGGGUGGCCUCUUUGGGUCACUCAUGGUGUGGCCAAUGGUCAACAACUGUGGCAGAAAGGGCACUUUGCUGAUCAAUAACCUCUUCUCCAUCGCUGCUGCAAUCCUCAUGGGAACCUCAGAGCUGGCAAAAACCUUCGAAGUGAUCAUCCUUUCCCGUGUUGUCAUGGGAAUAUUUGCUGGUCUGGCUUCCAAUGUGGUUCCCAUGUUCCUUGGGGAAAUGUCCCCCAAAAACCUGAGAGGAGCUAUUGGGGUGGUCCCACAGCUCUUCAUCACCAUUGGCAUCCUCGCAGCUCAGAUCCUGGGUCUCAACAGCAUCCUUGGGAAUGCUGAAGGGUGGCCUGUGCUGCUGGGGCUCACUGGCAUCCCCUCCCUGAUCCAGCUGCUGACACUGCCCUUCUUCCCUGAGAGCCCCAGGUACCUGCUCAUCCAAAAGGGCAACGAGGAGCAGGCACGGAGAGCUCUGCAGAGGCUGAGGGGCUGGGAGGACGUGGAUGAUGAGAUCCAGGAGAUGUACCAGGAGGACCGCUCAGAGAAGGAGGAGGGGCAGUUCUCUGUGCUCAGCCUGUUCACCUUCAGGGGCCUGAGGUGGCAGCUCAUCUCCAUCAUCGUCAUGAUGGCAGGCCAGCAGCUCUCAGGGGUCAAUGGGGUGUUCUACUACGCAGACAGAAUCUUUGAGUCUGCAGGAGUGCAGAGCAGCAGCAUCCAGUACGUCACCGUGUCCAUCGGUGCCAUCAACGUGGUCAUGACCUUGCUGGCUGUUUUCAUAGUGGAGUCCCUGGGGAGGAGGAUCCUUCUCCUGGCUGGCUUUUUGCUGUGCUCUGCCUCCUGUGCAAUCUUAACUCUGGCCCUCAAUCUCCAGAACACUGUCUCCUGGAUGUCCUACCUCAGCAUAGUCUGUGUCAUUGCCUACAUCAUCGGCCACGCCAUCGGACCCAGUCCCAUUCCUGCUGUGAUGAUCACAGAGAUGUUCCUGCAGUCGUCCCGACCCGCAGCGUUCAUGGUGGGGGGCUCUGUGCACUGGCUGAGCAACUUCACCGUGGGGCUGGUGUUCCUCUACAUGGAGGCUGGGCUGGGGCCCUACAGCUUCCUCAUCUUCUGUGCCAUCUGCGUGGCCACCAUGCUUUACAUCUUCUUUGUUGUUCCCGAGACCAAGAAUAAAACCUUCAUGGAAAUCAACAGGAUCAUGGCCAAGAGGAACAAAGUGGAGAUUCAGGAAACCAAAGAGCUGAAAGAUUCCUACCCCCUGGGCAAGCAGGAGGAGAAGAAAGCACUGUCCAGCAGUGAGAUGUGACCCAGCUGUGCUUGGCCUGACAGGAUCUGUUCAGCAGGAAAACAAACACAAGGAUUCCUCCUUUGAUGCUGGCCUGACCAUCACAGAGCUGUUAAGGCUGGAAAAGACAUUUAAGAUCAAAUCCAACUGCAACCCUGAUGCUGCCAAGCCCUCCUGUUGUUCCAAGGAAAGGGAAAUGCCCAAGAAGCUGAUGGCACGAGGUGAAGUGUCCCUGGUGUCCUGGUGACACAUCCUGGGGACAUGAGCAGCCCCUGGGCUGCCUGUGGGGCAGGCGUGUGCAGGGAGAGCACUGAACUCCUCUGAGGAACUCUCACAUGUGUGUUUGAGGAUCCAGCAAGGGGGGAUUAAAUUUAAUUUGGUAUAUCAGUGUGCUGCCCUCUCUUUUGAAAAAAAGGCAGAACUGUCGAACAGCUUGGCAUGGAUUUAUUUUAACCCUAGAUUUAUUUUAACCCUAGAAAAUGAGUUUGUACACAAUAUACCUGCGCUCAAUAUACCAGUGUUGAAAAAGGA